AGUGAAUUGAGUCGACGAGUGACUCAUAUUUCAAACUAUUUUUGAAAUAUUAGAUUCGAAUCACAGUUGAAGUGAUUAUUGGAUCCAAUGUUUGACCGAUGAAUGUGUGAACUCUUCGUCACUUCAAUCAGAUCCCAAUAUUUGGCGAAUCGAUUGAAUCAAAUCCCUUCUAAUGGACCGAAAGAGUGGUGACAUCGAUGUGGAGGACGUGUACGACUUGGCGGCUGAGAUCGGCGACGAGUUCCAGAAGGUGAUAGUGUCGGGCGGAUCCGAUUCGGUGAAGCACUUGAUGCCGAAAGUGAUCCGAGUGUUGGAACACUUGGAGAUGAUUACCAUUCUUAAGGAGGACUUCGACUCGAAGUUGGAUUCACUGAAGCACUCGGUGUUCGAGUUGGAGAGCGAACGCCGCGACAGAGCUCUUCGUCUCGACAAAUACGAGCUCGAAAUGGAGUCCAUUGAAGACAACUGGAGGAAAGAGAACCUCCAGUUGACUCAAUCCGUGUCUCAAUUAAGGCAUCAAAACCUGAAACUCAGUAAUCGUCUCCUCGAUAGCCAACAGACACUCUCCCAGUCUUUGACAGAUCUGCAAAAGAGGGGACAAAUGGAAAUCGAUUCCGAGAUCUUAGCGUUGAAAGAGUCGAUCCGAAGAAGUGAACAAAAAGUCAAUUCCAUUACUAAAGACAUGGAAUCGAAGAAUAUUGAUAUCGAAAAACUUUCGGAUCAAUUGGAAGAAGUGAUGCAACAAAACCGAGAUCUGAGACGAAGAAUGAAACACAAUAAGUAUCAAAUGCUGCAGUUGUCCGAAGCCAGAGCUGAUCCCAACUAUAAAGACCUGAUGGGAAUGUCUCAACACAUUCUCGUGGCAAACAAUGAUGACUCGGAUCUGUUUAACGAACAAAAGCCGUUCACUUUGAGUGAAAUGAGAGAAAUUCUUUUGGAGAGAAAUUAUCUGAAAAAGCGUUUAAACGAAUUGGAAGAAGAAGUGAAACGUUUGAAACCACCGGAGAUUAAGCCAAAGGAUAUUGAAAAUGAUUUACCAAACGAGAGGAUAAGCUUUGAAGACCUGCCCGUCGAGGGACCCAUUAAUCGGGAACCGGAGGACAAACUCUACCCGAGAAAACAUUCGCAAAAUAGUAUCCUUCGUUUGUAA